CCUCCUCCCUCCUCCCUCCCACGCAGGCAGGCAGGUGUCACGGUGCUUACAUUGUGAGCGUCCCUGCGUCCAAUGCAUCAUUUUCCACCGGCGGGCGCCACGAUGAAUCGCAUACACGAGUGGGGCCUGGCGGCCAAGCACAUGAGCCUGGAGGAGGACUUGUUCAUGGACUACAGCCAGCAGGAGGAAAUGGUCGCUUACCAAGACCCCGGUCAACUUGUGGCGACUUUGAAACAAAAGCAGGAAGACGUUAUUCUGGCAGCCCAGCUGGGAAACGCGCUGCUCCUGGAAAACCGUCAUCUUAAAGAGCAGAGCGAGCAAAUCCACGAGCAGUACGCCAAAAAACUUGAGGUGCUGGAGCAAGGCAGGCACGAGCUGCGCCUGAAGCUGGAGGGCUGCCAGUUGGAGUGGGAGAGUCAGGUGGGCUACCUGGAGAGGGACGUGAGGGAGCUGGGCUCCCAGGUGCAGCAGCUCACCCGGGCCCUGCGCCAGGCCGAGAGGGACAAGUCACGAGCUGAGCUGGAGCACAGCGAGAACACGCAGAAACUGAGGGAGCACCUAAACACUGUGAUGGAAAUGGAGCAGGUGAUGUCCAGUGAGCUGCAGACUCUAAAACAGGAUCUUCAACAAAAGGCGAACCACAACAGGCCUCAGGAGGAGGAGAUGAUCAGCGCAAUGAAAGAGCAGGUUUUACGUCUCACCCAGAGGGAACAGGCGCUGGAGGAACGUCUGGAGCACCUCUGUCAGGAGAACGCCGAGCUGCGAGACAAUCUGUCCUCUUUGAACACGCGUCUGGCCACGCACGACCUGCUCAACCUGCAGCACAGUCAACAGAUGGCUGAAGCGCGACAGGAGGUGGAGUUGGCACGGUGCCGCUCGGAGCAGCUUCAAGCGCAGGUGGAAGAGCUCAUGGAGGUGGUGUCCCUCCAAGAAUCCAAGAGCUUUGGAGAUUCAUCGCUCCUGUCGGAAUUAGACAUAGCCGACUUUGGCAUCAGCAAAGAGGAGCUCACAGAAGAACUGGGUUGUAUUCUGCAACUACUACUGCCGCUGACCCAGGAACAGCAAAGCGCGGACUACUCUGACGACACGGCUCAGGAUGAGAGUCUGAACGUCGUCGUGCAUCAGCUGAAGACCGUGGCGCAAUCUCUGGUACAGGCCUCUGGCUCACAGGACUCCAGGCUGCAGCAGGAGAACGCUGAAAUCCAGCAGGCCAUCCGAGACCGAGAUGAAGCCAUCGCCAAGAAGAACCUGAUGGAAGCGGAGCUGGUGCGCAGUAAAAAUGACAUGAUGUCUCUGAACAAUCAACUAUUGGAGGCCAUCCAGCGUAAACUGGAGCUCUCGCAGGAACUGGAAGUCUGGCAGGACGACAUCCAGAUCGUCAUCAACCAGCAGCUGAGGAGCCAGCAGCAGUCGGAACAACCUCAGAAGAAGACGUCCCCGCACGGCACGUCCUUCUUCCGCAAGCCCAGCAAGGCGGUUUUACCCUGGGGCGUGGACGCCAACCAGGACAAGGCCCAGUCGCCUUGGAGGGACUGGUUGCGGCGAGGCAAAGGCGUAUCGCACAGCAAAUAAGAGCACACCUGCGACGAGGGUAAUGAAAUAAAAAAAAAAAAAGUCGCCACAAAGACUCGUGUUGGACUGUGGCAAACCUGGGACAGGAAUGUAAAUAUUGUCUAUUCUUUUGGAACUAUUGGGGACUCUGUAAAUAUUCGAGGCAUGUGAGGGUUUACUGACUUGAAUUAAAGAACAGCGAGGCGGGGAACAAGAAAAAAAGUUGUUUGUGC